AAUCCAUGUUAAGACCCGCAAGCAAGACUACCACAUGCUCUGUCAGAAUCUCUCACUGCCGUUGUAUAUCGAGUGGCUAAAGUCUAUUGCCACUACAUAUUUACUUAUUUGGAUUAGAUUUCAAUCACUUUCAGCCUAACUGAAUUGCCAAUUCAACAGUAGAUUUUUGUCGCGAGUCUUAUAAUCCGACUAUUGUAUACUCCAGAGUCAAACAGGUCCUUAGAUUUAGUUCGCAGCGGCAUCUUAUGGGUCAAAAAGUUGACCCAAACAUUGCUUGAAAAAGGCUCUCCUAGAGAAGAUAAUUUAUUGAUAAUUAUAGUUCGUGAGAUUAGCGAUUUAAGUAACUCUUUAAUUCUUAAACAGACUGUCAAGAUGGAGCGUCUCAAUACGACAGUUUUUUAAUACCAAUUCAAUUCAGAAAUCAAUGCAGGCAAAGUCGCAGGAAAUGGUCUAUAUUUACUAUGGGACAUAAUUAUAUUGACACAAGUGUGGACAGUGAUAAUAUUAAUUAAAUAAAUAGACUUCACCACAUUUUGUAGAUAGGUCUCCUGACGGACGCCCGAUAACACAUAAAUAAUGUUAAAAUUAAAUUUAAUCGCCAUCUUUUGUUUUCUGAAGCUGUCAAAUGCGUAUUUCGCGCCGAAUAUAUUUUUGAAUCAUGGCGGCGGCCCUUAUCCCGUUUUACGCGAAGAACAUAAUAUAGAAAUAGCUGAUUCAUUGAAAAAUAUAUCGAAAAUUAUGGAUUUGGAGAAAUUAAGUGCGAUUGUUAUUGUAACGGCGCAUAGGGAAGAGGAUGUGGUCACGAUAACGUCAAGCCGACAACAGUCUCUAGUUUACGAUUACUAUCAUUUCCCGCCAGUGAGUUAUACUUUCAAAUAUAAUGCUCCAGGAGACCCAGAAUUGGCAAAACGAAUCCACAACGCAUUCGAAGCAGCCGGCAUCAAAUCACAACUAGAUGACCAAAGAGGUUGGGAUCAUGGAGUUUUUAUACCAAUGAUGUUAAUAAACCCAAAGGCAGACAUCCCUGUUAUACAAAUAUCGAUAUUAAAAAACCAAGACGCGAAACAACACUACGACAUCGGAAAAGCGUUGUUCCAGUUUCGAAAAGAAGGCGUCGCCAUCUUUGGUUCCGGAAUGUCAUAUCACAAUAUGGCGGAAUUUGAUAAAGUUGAAAGAAAUUUGAAAAAUGUCGAGGUUAAUAUAGUUAAUCAUGAUUUUGAUAAUUUCUUAAAUGAUGUUUGCACGGGUGAGGUUGAAAAUAGGCAGAAAAUAUUAUUGUGGGAGCAACAGAAAGGCGGUUAUGAAAGCCAUCCGUUAGGAGAAGCUGAUCAUUUAAUGCCGUUGAUAGUGAAUGCAGGCGCGGCUGGAACGCGCCCGGGGAGGAAAUAUUUUGAAUCUGUAUUUUUAUACAAAUUUCUGUUGAGCGGUUUUAUUUGGGACGAUGAUGAAUAAAGAUUAGUUAAUCA